GCAUGAGCAUAAAAUUUUAUUCCGUCAUUCCUUGUUUAGAAAGAUGGCAGACAACAAGCUGUAUGAUAUUUUAGGAGUUAGUAGAAACGCUUCGGAUGGUGAAAUUAAAAAGGCGUAUAGGAGACUUGCCAAAGAGUUUCAUCCUGACAAAAAUCCUGAGGCUGGUGACACUUUUAAGGAAAUUUCCUAUGCCUAUGAAGUCCUUUCAGACCCCAAAAAAAGACAAACUUAUGAUAAAUAUGGAUUGAAAGGUAUGCAAGAAGGAGCCCAGGAUGGUGGUUUUGGAGCAGAUGAGAUUUUUUCGCAGCUGUUUGGGGGUAGUCUCUUUGGAGGUUUCAUGGGUGGUGGUGGUAUGCGUAGAAGACACAAAGGGGAAGAUACUGUACAUCCUCUAAGAGUAACAUUGGAAGACUUAUAUAAUGGGAAAACAGCUAAAUUACAGCUUAGUAAGAAUGUAAUUUGUGCUACUUGUGCAGGAAAAGGAAGCAAAUCCGGAAAUACUACAACAUGUCGUGCAUGUAAAGGCUGUGGAUUAAAAGUGACAUUUCGUCAAUUAGGUCCAGGAAUGACUCAGCAGAUGCAGUCUCGUUGCCCUGAUUGUCAAGGUGAAGGUGAAAUCAUUAAUGAAAAGGAUAGAUGUGCUGCCUGUAAAGGAAAGAAAGUAUGUAAUGAAACGAAAAUACUUGAAGUCCAUGUUGACAAAGGUAUGCCUGAUGGCCAGAAGAUUUAUUUCCGUGGAGAAGGUGAUCAGCAACCCGAUAUUGAGCCCGGUGAUGUGGUGAUAAUUUUGCAACAAAAGCCCCACGAGAAAUUUCAGCGGUCUGGUAAUGAUUUGCAUAUGCAGCAAACAAUUUCUUUAACAGAAGCUCUUUGCGGAUUUUCUACAGUAGUCCGUCAGUUAGACGGACGCGAAUUGUUAAUCAAACAGCCUCCUGGGGACGUUAUUAAGCCGGGCGAUACUAAAACAGUUCCAGGAGAAGGAAUGCCACAGUACAAGAAUCCUUUUGAAAAGGGUAAUUUGUACGUAACAUUCGAUAUUACAUUUCCUAGCAAUCAUUUUGCUAAUGAACGUCAGCUGAAGGUUUUGGAAAGCAUCUUGCCUCCUAGACCACAGUUCACAAUGCCAGUUGGAGAACACGUCGAAGAAGUCGAUUUACAUGAUUAUGAUCCUAACGACAGAAGUUCUCACAGUGGCAGGUCAGAAGCUUAUGAAAGUGACGAUGAGCACAUACAUUCUGGGCCUGGUGUGCAAUGCACGCAUCAAUAGUUAACAAAAGGGAUAUAGGGUCAAUAAUAGUUGUUCUGCAUCUUUCUAAAUAAGGAUUCUUGUAAUAGUGAAUCAUUACGUUUACAUUGUAACAACGUUAUUAUGUGCGUUUUAUUAUUUUUUCUCUUUUUUGUAUUAUACAAAUGUAGAAAUGAUAAUUUAUUAAUAUAACCAGGAAAACUAAAAAAAUUACAUUUUGACUAAACUUGUUGAAGUUUUAUAAAUUAAUUCCAUGCAGCUUUAAUUUAGUUAUAUACUUAGUUAAAUGGUUUCCUUUCUAAAGAAGAAGCCUUACUAAAAAUGAUCACUGCUGUACAUCAACUUAGAAACAUUAUAUUUUCCAUAUAUCCAUACAUUAAACGAUACUAUGAUUUUGAAGUCGCUCCUAAUUAACAAUAAAAGAAUCUUGUAAAACUGA